GGCUUCUCAUUCCUCUAACAGUGAUGGUUAUUUCCUUGGGUGACGAUAUCACAACUGUCUUAAAGACGGUCCAACAAACGUUGUUUGCAUUGCGAGAUGAACACGAGGCUGCAACAAGGAUAUUGGAAGCUAAUUUAAUUAAUUCAGACUCAUCCGAACCUUCUUUGCCCAGUGAAAAGAUGGGCUUGAUUGAUGAAAGUCUUGGGAAAGUUAUGGAUGGUGGUGAUGAAGCAUCUCUGCUCAUCAUGAUGGACAAAUUGAUGCAAUCAUACGAUGUUCAACUGUCAAAAAACCAUGAAAGUAUUAGGCUUCUGAGACAGGAAAACACCUGGCUUCUUGAUGAAUUGACAACCACACAGAGGAAGCUUCAAGAAUCGGAGAGGACUGUCGCGCAUUUGGAGGAAGAAAGGGAUCACUACAAGUUUCAAGAUUCCAUGAAUUACCUGAACAGUGAUUUUCAACACACUACCUCCGUCGAUGCCACGCCCAUGAUGGUAGACACUCUACAGGAACUUGGAUUCGGACCAGAGGAAGAGGAUCAGAACAACAAUCAAGCCGAUCAGGGAUGUCGCUCAUCGUCUUUUUCCAAUCCUAUCAGUAACGAUUACCAAUUACCGACUCGCCUGCAAACGUUACAAAACCUGGUCAUACAGUACAUGGAGCAAGGUCGAUUUGAAGUUGCGAUACCGCUAUGCAAGCAAGCUCUGGAAGACGUCGUGAAAGUUCACGGGAAUGUUCAUCUGGAUGUUGCUACGAUGCUCAAUGUUCUGGCAAUAGUUUACCGAAAUCAAGAAAAUUUCAAAGAUGCUGCGAUCUAUUUGGAAAAAGCUUUAUCCAUUCGUGUACAAUGUUGUGGAGAGAACCAUCAUUCUGUGGCGGCAACGCUAAACAACUUGGCAAUCGCUUAUGGAAAACGCGGAAAGUACAAGGAGUCUGAGCCUUUGUGCAAACGAGCUCUCGAAAUUCGGAAAAAUCUUCUAGGACCCAAUCAUCCGGAUGUUGCUAAACAGCUCACAAACCUCGGAAUUGUCACCCAACAGCUUGAAAAGUAUGAAGAAACAGAAAACUAUUUCAAACAAGCUCUGUCAAUCUAUAAUCGUGCAUUUCCGGAAAAUCAUCAAAAUGUGAUUAAGACAAAAAACCAACUGGCGUCUGUUUUCUUAAAGCAAGGAAAGUAUCAAGAGGCUGAAGAGAUGUACAAGAACAUUCUCUCGAAAGUUGCUAUCACCGGAAACAAACCAAUAUGGAGAAUCGCUGAAGAUCGCGAAGAAAGACAGCGAAAUGGGAUUCCGAAGGUUGACGAUGAAUCCUUUAAUGUGAACCCGACAACUGUGAUGGAUAGCAAUGUGAUGUCAACUAUAAAGAAUUUGGCAGCAGUUUAUCGUAAGCAAGGAAAAGAGGAAGCUGCAGGGACGCUGGAAGAAGCUUUAGGUGCGAAAAAACAAAUCAACGGAGGAGCAGAUCACACUAAUUCUACUGCCUCAAGUGUUGAAACUUCAAGCGCCGUAGCUAUUAAUCCUGCUCAAAGUGGGAUCAAAAAGAGAAUCAUGCAUUUUGUCGGAUUAAAUUUCUGAUUUCACAUCUUUUCGUGAUAAUUUAGUUGCCGAUCCCCUCUUUACGUUUUCCAUGUCGCAUACUCAAAGCCUUAUUUUUGAUAUUUAUGUAUGGUAAAUUAAUUCGUAUUAAAUAAUUGAUGAGUUAAAUAUAGAGUUGUUUUUCAUGGAGAGCUAAUGGAACUGUACGCUUUGAAUAAAGUAUUGUCUUU